AUGUACAGCACAGCAGUUCCUCGGAUGGCAAAAUCUGGUUGCCAAGAGUAUUGCGGAAACGUCCUCAUCCCAUACCCUUUUGGAAUUGGAUCUAACAACGAUUGCUACUUAGACGACUGGUUUGAAAUCGAGUGCAGCAACAACCUGUCUUCUAAAACUACCAGCUCUGCUCCUCAUUACAAGCCUGUUUUGAAGCGAGCCCAACUGGAGGUGCUGAAUAUUUCUAUUGGAGGCUUGCUUCGGGUGAACAGCCCCGUUACCUUCUUCUGCAACGGAAAUGGAAGUAGCGAAAUGGCUAAUUUGACGGGCAGCCCCUUUCGUCUACUCUCAGGACAGAAACAGAUUCACUGCUGUCAGCUGCGGCUUCCUUGCCAUGAUGGAAUCAGCUGA